CUCUGGCCGAAAAAACUGUGGUUUUGGGUAUGUCAAUUCACGACGAAUACGGAUGGAGUUGUUGCGUGAUGUCUGCAUUUGAAUGGGUAGGGCCGUUUGAAAUAAUUGAAAACUAAUCUUCAGCUUGGAUCUCCACUUUUUAAUUCUUAAAUUUUUCCACGGUUGCUCAGUUCCAGAUUUUAUCAAGGCUCAGGUGGGCGGCGUUGCAGACGCAGCUGGCAUGGACAUUGAAACUGUUUCUUAUGUGCUGGGUAUGUUUUUGUGCUACCCUCUCGGUAUGCUGAUGGCUCAGAUUCCAUUUGGUACUUCGAGACAUAUCUUUUCAUUUCUCCUUGGAGCCUUUCUUCUUCAAUUCACUCUAGGAGUUCAAUGGAUCCAUCACUUGAUUAGUUCCUUGAUCGCAUACGGCCUAAUCUUGGUCUUGCCGCGAAAGACUCUGAAGACGGCUUUGCCUGUUUUUGCCAUGACCUACAUGACAUUGGGUCACCUUCACAGACAGUACAUCAACUAUCUCGGAUGGGACUUGGAUUUCACCGGUACGCAAAUGGUUUUAACACAGAAAUUGUAUAUGAUCGGAUAUAACCUCUACGACGGCGAACUUUUGGCAAAGGGGAAGGAGGACCGAGCUGCUAAGAAGUGUGCUCCUUUUGCUUUGAAGAACACGCCCAGCUUGAUUGAGUUUCUCGGCUACACGUUUUGUUUCGCGAACUUGCUUGCAGGUCCUGCCACUGAAUACGCUACCUACUUGCAUGCAGUCGAUGGUAGCAUUUUCAAGACACCUGAUGGAAAAACAAAGCUCCCAAGCAAUAUUUUGCCCACACUGAAGCCCUUCCUUACUUGCCUCCUGAAUCUUGGAAUUUUCUUGACACUUAGUGCCAAGUUCCCGUUGCUCGACACCUCUGAUCCGCAACACAACACCCCCUACAUCUUGACCGAGGAAUUUCUCAAGAAACCUAUUUUCUACCGUUAUUUCCAUACCUGGAUGGGAUUGUUCGCUCUUCGCCAGAAAUACUAUUUCGGAUGGAAGAACGCUGAAGGCGCUCAAAAUAUUUGGUAUGCAGGAUUUGAUGGUUACGACGAAAAGGGAAACGAAAAGGGAUGGGAAACCUCCAACAACAUAGAUAUCAUCACUUUUGAGACUGCUCCAGGUGUCUCCAUCAUGUCGAGGGUUUGGAACAAGAAGACAUCAUUGUGGUUGUCGAGAUAUGUGUACAUGCGAACAGGCGGAAAUCUUAUUGCUGUCUAUUCCAUGAGUGCAUUCUGGCAUGGAUUUUAUCCAGGUUACUACUUAUUUUUCCUCUCGGUGCCCAUUCCUUCGUUUUGCGAGCGAUUGGCCAAGAAGAAAUUGUCACCCUACUUUUCGCCGAAUUAUUUCUCGCCUUACGGUAUCGUAUGUGUACUGGUUACAAGCAUCACCAUGAACUACCUGAUUGUGUCCUUCACUAUGCUUGCGAGUGGUUGGUCGUUCGCUGCGUACAAGAGCUUUUACUAUUUUGGACACAUCGGGUGUGUAGCGUUUUAUAUUAUUCUUACGAUGCUUCCGUCUCCAAAGAAGGAAAAGAAAAAAGAGGCUUAGAAUAUGGCAGCAUUGUCAACCGAGCAGUACUCACAGGUAACAAGUAUCAAGAUACUGAUUAACGAAUCAAUGACUUUUCUCUUUGGGUACCUCGUUAGUGCAUGUGCAGAGGUCGGAUCAUUGUGGUCAUUUUAUGCUCCAAAUGAAUAUUGAACGUGCGA